GAACGCGCUGAUUCAAUCGGAAUGAACGCCACAAUAGCUAUCGCAUUGCUCGCCGCCAGUCUGCUUGUUUUAUGUUCCAACUCCGGAUCGGGUUAUUAUCUUCACGAGCAAUGCGGUCUUAUGCGCGAACGAUUUUCAGCAUCUUUGGGUCCUUGGACGGCUCUACUGCACCAGAAUGGAAGCAUCUUUUGUGCCGGAGCACUGAUAACUGAUGCGUUCAUACUGACUGCGGCGAGCUGCAUUCGAGCAAACACCGUCAAAGUGCGCCUGGGGGAAUAUGGUAGAUAUUCCAAUGAGCUUGCGGAGGAUCACUUGGUUCAAAUGUCGCUGAGGUACCGAGUGUUCAAUAAUGCAUCGCUAGCCAACAACAUCGGUCUGCUGAAACUAAGCAAAAGAGUGGAGCUCAAAGCAUACAUCAUGCCCAUUUGCAUUGUCCUUGGCCGGCGGCAGCAGCCAUCAGCCAUGCACUUCAUCGGAACUGCCUGGAGUGAAGACAGCACUGAGUUUCUCACCAAGGAGCUCGUACCCAUUGUCAUCCGGCUUAAGCCGGGGAUGUGCAACAACCUAGACUUGUACACCCAGUUUUGUGCUGGCCACUCGGGGAAUUCGAGGUCCUGCGACAGUCUCACCGGCUCGCCGCUGAUCCAGAGCUCUAGGUAUUGGAACAAAAAUCGGCACGUGCAGUUCGGCAUUGCCACUGUGAACGACAUGGAUUGCCAGGAAUCGCAGAGUUACACCGACGUCUUGAAGUUCAGCUGGUGGAUCCAGGAUGUGUUGUUACUGUUCAACAAUUAUAUCUUCGAGUAUAGGCCUAAACAGAGUUAUGUUGUAGGCGAUUAUAUUACGGAUAACUUCUGAUUUCGCGAAACUUUACUUGCGGCAGCGAAUAAAUAAAA